UGCCACAUUCUCUUGAAGAUUGCUUAACAAUAUUCUAGGGUUUGCCAUCACUUUCCUUCCCUCUAGGGUUUUCCAUAUUCUCUCCAAGAUUGCUUAACAAUAUUCUAGGGUUUUACAUUAGUUUUCCAUCUAGCAGGGUUUGCCAUCACUUUCCUUCUCUCUAGGGUUUGCCAUUAAUUUCCCUUCCCCCUCUAGGUUUGCCAUUGAUAUCACAAGUACUCUAACAAUUAAUGGCUAAGAGUCCUGAUAAUAGGAUCACAAACAAAGAUGCUGAGAAUGGGAAAAAGGAGGGCAAAAGUCGAAGAAGGGUUGAAAUAAAGAAAGUUGAAGACAAGAACAAGCGUCACGUGACCUUCUCCAAGCGCAAAAGGGGUCUCUUCAACAAAACAGCAGAGCUCAGCGUUUUGACCGGUGCUGAGACGGCAGCAAUCGUUGUGUCAAACAGUGGCAAGGUGUUCUGCUUCGGAAGUCCCUCCCCUGACGCUGUUAUCGAACGCUACGUUGGUCACAAUGCCUCAUUAUCUGCAGGUCAACCAGAUAAUUAUCAUCCUCAAAUAAACAACACUCAUCGUUCUACUAAUUAUUUCAAUGUUAAUAUGAGUAGUAGUAAGAAGCAAAUACAAGAUUAUGAGAAAGCUUCGAGACACUUGAAGGAAGAGAAAAUAUUGAAGGGUGGGAAGAAAAGUAAUAGUAACAACAAUGGAGGAGAUGAAGGAGGUUGUUCUUAUGGGUGGUGGGAGAGACCGAUUGGAAUGAUGAGUAGUUUGGAGGAGUUAGAAGAGUACAGGGAAGCCUUGUACAAGUUGAAGCACAAUGUGGAGGUUCGAACCAAUCAGCUGAUUCGGGAAACUACUCCUUCCGAUCACUUCUCCUCUCUUUUGUCUAUGGAUGAUACAUGGAGUCCUCCAAAAUUAAGCCAGGGUCAAGGGUGCAUGGGACGUGAAUUUUAUUAUUUCUUGUGAUACCAAUGUUAAGAAGUGCUUGUGUCAGAAUGUACUUCUCUAGUAGUCAUGGCUUUUGGUGGAGGGUUUUAGUUGAUUAGGGAUCAUGACCGAACAGGUUACACACACACAUUAAUCAAAAGUUUCAUCAAAUGUA